AUGGUAGACGGAUUGAACUCUUCGAGCAUCAGGAAGAGAGCCAGGACGCUUUCCAACCCCAAUGACUUCCAGGAGCCUAAUUACUUGUUGGACCCCGGUAAUCAUCCUUCCGAACAUUUUCGAACUCGAAUGUCGAAAUUCCGGUUCAAUGUGAGGGAGAAACUGCUGGUGUUCACCAACAACCAAUCAUUGACACUAAGCCGCUGGCAGAAGAACUAUCGUUGCGCGUUUAACGAUUUAUACUUCACUUACACAUCUUUAAUGGGAUCGCAUACAUUCUAUGUCCUGUGUUUACCUAUUCCCAUAUGGUUUGGGUAUUUUGAGACUACCAAAGACAUGGUCUAUAUCUUGGGAUACUCCAUUUAUUUGAGUGGUUUUUUCAAAGACUACUGGUGUUUGCCCCGGCCUAGGGCCCCACCGUUGCAUCGGAUCACAUUAAGCGAGUACACAACCAAGGAGUACGGUGCGCCAAGUUCGCACACGGCGAACGCUACGGGAGUGAGCCUUUUAUUUUUGUACAACAUAUGGGGGGCAGAAGCGUGCCCCGUCACGGUACGGUUGCUGUUGACGUGUUUGGUCGUGUUUUAUUACAUGACUUUAGUCUUUGGGAGAAUAUACUGUGGCAUGCAUGGACUACUGGACUUGGCAAGCGGUGGAAUCAUUGGUAUAGCGUGUUUCUUAAUCAGAAUAUACUUCAAGUGCGGCUUCCCGAACCUACAUAUCGAAAAGUACUGGUGGUUCCCUCUGCUCAGUGUUGGAUGGGGCCUUAUUCUUCUAUUUGAGCACGUCAAACCCAUAGACGAGUGCCCUUGUUUCCAAGACAGCGUUGCGUUCAUGGGUGUUGUGUCGGGCAUUGAAUGCUGUGAGUGGAUGGGCAAGAGGUUCGGGUUCACAUCAGUGUACAACUUGGAACCUAACUGUGGGUGGCAACAAACCCUUGCCAGGUUACUGGUGGGCUUAGCGUUUGUUGUUAUUUGGAAGGAGGUGAUCAGCAAGCCGUUGGUGUACUCUCUGCUAAUCAAGGGCAUGCGCCUGAAAGAUGACAGAGACAUGGCGGCAAGAAAAAGACUAGAAGCCACGCGGAAAGAAGGGGGCAGCAGCAAGCUCGAAUGCCCACUGUAUAUCGGAGAACCCCGAAUCGACAUAGUGGGACGGUUCGUUAUUUAUGCGGGAAUCCCCUUCACCGUCGUGGUGUGCAGUCCCGCCGCCUUUUCCCUUCUACAUAUAGCAUGA